AUGACUGAUGGCACUCUUCUCUUUUCUGUGUUUAAAGGCAAUCCAGAACUACCAACAGCAGUUAAUAUAACUUGGUCUUCAAUCAAUUUUAAAACUAUACUGCAGUGGCAACCAAAACCGUCAGGCUACUUCUACACAGUAGAAAUACACGGGCAGACAUCUAACACCAGAAAAAAAUGCAUACAGACAACAGAAACAGAGUGUGAUGUGACUGAUGUGGUCAGGAAUGUAAAGGAGACCUAUACAGCACACAUACUGUCUGUAACAUCCUCGGGGAUGGAUAACUUUGAAGAACCACCUUUUGCGGUCUCUGAAAAAUUUACACCUUAUAAUCAGACUGUUGUUGGAAAACCAGAGAUACAGAAUUACACACAAAAGGGUUCCAAACUGAAUGUUGUGUUCCAUGAUCCACUGACACCAUACACAUUUCCUAAUGGAAGCUUCCUAAGUGUUCGGGACAUUUUCCAGCAUGACCUGGAGUACAGACUCUAUUACUGGAAAGAUCAAAGUUCUGGAAAGAAAGCUGAAACAUCAAAAAGCCAUACAUUUGAAGUGAGUGUUGACAGCACAAAGAACUAUUGCUUCUACAUCCAGGGCAUCAUUCCCUCCCGCAAAGAGAACCGGAGUGGUCAGGAAAGCCUGGUGCUUUGUACCAGCGUGGGGAGAAAUAUCCUAGACGAAUACAGAGCAGAAGUCUUCAUCAUCAUAGCAGUGAUAGCAAUUGCAGUCAUCACUCUUGCUGUUGUCCUGUCAGUCAUCCUGUGUAAACGCAAGAGAGCCAAAGCUGCAAGAGAAAAGGAACGCCUCAAUACUCUCUAAAGAACAACUGUUGUUCUGCUCCAAAGCAGAAAACAAACCAAACAACAAAAGCCACCAACAAACCCCAUAAAUUACCUAAGUGAGUGGAACCUUUUAGCCUCCUUGAUACAGGAACUUUGAAGCCCAAACUUUAUGUGGAUUCAAAAAUCUGUCAGGUAUCAGGAAGCCCCUGUGUUACUGGUGGCCAAAGGCUGGAAGAGUAUACUAGUGAUGUUACAAUAGCCUAACCCUGCUCAUGGCCUCUUCCCAAGAUCCUUCUAUUGUCCUGUCUGAAACUGGAUUCUGAACUAAAUGGACCCUUGACUUGACAAGGUACAGAUGUUCUGCAAAUAUGGCCCUACUGAGCCAGAAGAUGAUGGUACCUGUGAGGGGAAAAAACCCACUACUUUGACAAAAUGUGUCCUUUGCCUAACUAAAAGGAACAUCUUUCUGUUUCUGUGAAACACACCUAUAUUUACCUGACUUGCUUUUAACAUUAACUGGUGAAAUGAUCUGUUAGCCCAAAUGUGACAGAGAUGCUACUGUUUUUUCUUGGAUAAGAUUAGCUUGGGCUAUUUCUAUUUGGAUAAAGAGAAUGAAAGGUAAACAGACUGAAACUACGGUACUAGUCACCUAGAAGGAACACUCCUGAAGUAGGUAGCUGCUAUCCAUCUGGAAAGCAUAUCCAGAUUACACUACGCCUAGAAUUCUACCAAACAAGGUAGUCUGAUGGUUCCAAGUAAGAACAAACACUUGGCGGGUUUUGAGACAGUAGUAACUCCCUGCACGCAAGCACUGAGUAGGCAGCAGUAUUUACUGCAUUUUGAAUGCUAACUGGACACUGAGUGAAUGAAUAGUUGAAGUGGUAUAGACUCAAAUCAUCUUGGUGAUGGGAUUUGGAAGUACCUGUUGCUUCCAGUAUUUUAAUAUUUAUUUUAGAAAUGCUAAUCUAAUUUUUAUACUGUAUUUAUGAUGGUAAUUUAUACUUUUGUAAUGAAAUAAAGGUG